AUGCAACAGACAUAUCAAUACGGGUGGAUCAUCCCUUUCAUUCCACUUCCAAUUCCUAUAUUAAUAGGGGUCGGACUUCUUCUUUUUCCGACGGCAACAAAAAAUCUUCGUCGUAUGUGGUCUUUUCAGAGUGUUUUAUUGUUAACUAUAGUCAUGAUUUUUUCAAUCAAUCUGUCUAUUCAGCAAAUAAAUAGCAAUUCGAUCUAUCAAUAUGUAUGGUCUUGGAUCAUUAAUAAUGAUUUUUCUUUAGAAUUCGGCUAUUUGAUCGAUCCGCUUACUUCUAUUAUGUCAAUAUUAAUAACUACCGUUGGAAUUAUGGUUCUUAUCUAUAGUGAUAAUUAUAUGGCUCAUGAUCAAGCAUAUUUGAGAUUUUUUGCUUAUAUGGGUUUUUUCAGUACUUCCAUGUUAGGAUUAGUUACUAGUUCGAAUUUGAUACAAAUUUAUAUUUUUUGGGAAUUGGUUGGAAUGUGUUCUUAUUUAUUAAUAGGGUUUUGGUUUACACGACCUCUUGCUGCAAAUGCUUGCCAAAAAGCUUUUGUGACUAAUCGUAUAGGGGAUUUUGGCUUAUUAUUAGGAAUUUUAGGUUUUUACUGGAUAACGGGUAGUUUUGAAUUUCGUGAUUUAUUCGAAAUAUUCAAUAACUUGAUUUAUGAUAAUGAAGUCAAUUCUUUGUUUGUUACUUUGUGUGCUGGUCUAGUAUUUGCCGGUGCCGUUGCUAAAUCGGCACAAUUUCCCCUUCAUGUGUGGUUACCUGAUGCCAUGGAAGGGCCCACUCCUAUUUCUGCUCUUAUACACGCUGCUACUAUGGUAGCAGCGGGAAUUUUUCUUGUAGCUCGGCUUAUUCCUCUUUUCAUAGUUAUACCUUACAUAAUGAAUUUUAUUUCGUUGAUAGGAAUAAUAACAGUAUUAUUAGGAGCUACUUUAGCUCUUGCUCAAAAAGACAUUAAAAGAGGAUUAGCUUUUUCCACAAUGUCUCAAUUGGGUUAUAUGAUGCUAGCUCUAGGUAUGGGAUCUUAUCGAAGUGCUUUAUUUCAUUUGAUUACUCAUGCCUAUUCCAAAGCAUUAUUAUUUUUAGGAUCUGGAUCCGUUAUUCAUUCAAUGGAAACAAUUGUUGGAUAUUCUCCUUAUAAAAGUCAAAAUAUGGUUCUUAUGGGAGGUUUAACAAAGCAUAUACCAAUUACCAAAAAUACUUUUUUAUUAGGUACACUUUCUCUUUGUGGUAUUCCACCCUUGGCUUGUUUUUGGUCCAAAGAUGAAAUUCUUAAUGAUAGUUGGUUGUAUUCAACGAUUUUCGCAAUAAUAGCUUGGGCUACCGCGGGAUUAACCGCAUUUUAUAUUUUUCGGAUAUAUUUACUUACUUUUGAAGGGCAUUUAAGUGUUCAUUUUCAAAAUUACAUUGGUAAAGAAAAAGUAUUUUUCUAUUCAAUAUCUCUAUGGGGUAGGGGAGCUUCGAAAAAAAUUAACAACAAUUUUUCUUUAUCAACAAUGAAUAAUAUUGAAAGUUCUUCUUUUUUGAAAAAAAAGACAUAUCCAAUUGCUGAAAAUGUUCGAAAUGUGACACGUCCCUUUAUUACUAUUACUCAUUUUGAGAAUAAAAAGUUUUAUUCCUAUCCUUAUGAACCAGACAAUACUAUGUUAUUCCCUUUACUUAUAUUGGGUCUAUUUACUUUGUUCGUUGGAUCUAUAGGAAUUCCUUUCAAUCAAGAAGGAGUAGAUUUARAUAUAUUAUCCAAAUGGUUAACUCCAUCUAUAAAUCUUUUGCACCAAAAGUUGAGUAAUUCGAUGGAUUGGUACGAAUUUUGGAAAGAUACAGUAUCUUCUGUCAGUAUAGCUUAUUUAGGAAUAUUUAUAGCAUCCCUUUUAUAUAAACCCCCCUACUCCUCUUUACAAAAUUUUGAUUUAAUUAAUUCAAUUCUUAAAAGAGGUCCUAAGAGAAUUCUUUGGGACAAAAUUAUAAAUGGCGUAUAUAAUUGGUCGUAUAAUCGUGCUUACAUAGAUUCUUUUUAUACAAGAUCCUUCACUGGAGGAAUAAGAGGAUUGGCUAAAUUAACUCAUUUUUUUGAUCGACGGAUAGUUGAUGGAAUUACGAAUGGUGUUGGUGUUAUUAAUUUCUUUAUAGGAGAAGCUAUUAAAUAUAUAGGUGGCGGGCGUAUCUCUUCUUAUCUUUUCUUCUAUUUAACUUAUGUAUCUAUUUUUUUAUUAGUUUUUUUUAUUAUUUAA